CUUUAUAUAUGUACUAAUCACAUCCACCAGUACUAAGCAAAACGCAAAAACCAAAGAUGGGUGAGAUGAUCAAAGCCAGACGCAUACUCCUCUUCUCCAUCGUAUUCCUCUUCUUCUUCUCUCAGGCCCUUCUUUUGUGUUCAGCUAAUGAGCAUGGCUCAAGAAAUCUCGCAGUGGUGAUGAAGAAAAGGGUGAAAUACAGAGGACCUCGCAACACAACAACCUCCGCAGCUUCCGCUAUGAUGUUCCCAAGUUCCUUCUCUAUUGGUGCUGCUUCUUCUUUCCUCCUCGCUCUUCUUUUGUAAGCUCCGUGAUUGUAUUGUUUCCACGAUGAUUCAUGUAAUUUGCUUUUCUCAAUUGAAUUGAUCUUGUAAAAAAAUUCUCAAAUGGUCUUAAACUCUGUUUGUAAAUUAUUUGCUCUGUUUCAAAAUUGUGAAAGUUGCUUUUCCUUUUUGUACGCUAACACACACAAAAAAGCUAGGUUUUACGAUC